AUGCUCAUCGGAUCAGCCUCUCUGCUGAGGCGCGCGACGCUCGCCGCAGCAGCGCGGGCACCAUCGUCUCAGGCACCUGCCUCGCUUGCUAUCGCGUCCACCAGCCUAGCUGCCUCGACUUCCGUCUUGCCCGCUUUCGCUUUCGGAGGCUCCAUUCAAACCCGUAACUCGACCAAGCGUGGUGGUGGUUCGACCAAGAACAACCGCAACUCGCCCGGUAAACGUCUCGGCUACAAGAAGCAGACUGGCCAGAUCGUCUACCCUGGUCAAAUCAUCUUCCGUCAGCGCGGCACCUCGUGGCAUCCUGGACCCAAUGCUGCCAUCGGCAAGGAUCACACCAUCUUUGCUACUGCUCCAGGCUACGUGCACUUCUACUACGCCGAUGCUACUCCUGCCUCUGCGCCUGCAUUCAGCGCAGCAACGUCGCCAUCUGGCAUCAAGCUCCCCAUCAAGAAGCUCUCGCCCACCACCUUCCAAGCAAAAGAGCUUACGACGACUCCCCAUCCGUCCUCGAAAAAGCCGCAGCGCAGAUACAUCGCCGUCUCUCCUGACCCAGACACCAAGUUUCCUCUUCCCCCUGGUACACCACGCGAGAGGAGAUUCGACAAGAUCGAUCUCAACUCGCUUCAGCACCAGAUCGACCAGCUCAAGAUUCAUCAACAGGCUGGUGUCAUCGACGAGUCUGCACCCAUCUCAGUCGCUGCAUAA